CCGCCGCGCAGAGCGCCGCGCCGGGCCGGCGGCGGGGUGGCGGGGGGGAAGGUGGCAUGGAGAGCCAGCGCUGCUUCGCUAACCGCUUCGAUGACUACCCGGGCAGCCCGGCGGCGGCGCCGGAUAAGGAGGCGGCGGUGCCGUUGGUGACGGCCACCAUCGAGCGCAUCCUGCGGGAGCUGCCGCCCCUGGGCGGCCCCGGCGGCUGCCCGGGCGGGCUGUACGGCGGCGUGGCCGGCGUGGCCUACAUGCUCUACCACGUCGCGCAGUGCCCGCUCUUCGCGCCCUCGCGGGAGGCCUACCUGCGGGCCGCCCGCCGCGUCGUGGACGCCUGCCUGCGCUACCAGGAGGGCGGCGGGGAGGCCGACGCCGACACCCGCGCCGCCUUCCUGCUGGGCGGCGCCGGCGUGUACGCGGUGGCGGCCCUGGUCUACCGCGCCUUGGGGCUGCCAGACUUCGCCCGGCCGCUGGGCAAGUUCCGGGAGCUGAGCGAGGUCUGCGCCCCGCUCUCCUUCCUCGAGUGCGGCUCCGACGAGCUCUUCGUCGGCCGCGCCGGGUACCUGUGCGCCGCCCUGGUGCUGAAGCAGCGGCUGGGCAUAGAGGUGCUGACCCCAGCACAAAUAAAAUCAAUUUGCCUGGCCAUACUAGAAUCAGGAAAGCAGUAUGCAGUGAAGAAGAGGAAACCGUGCCCACUCAUGUAUUCCUACUAUGGAACGGAGUAUCUUGGUGCAGCACAUGGGCUUUCAUCAAUUCUUCAGAUGUUGCUUUCCUAUUAUGAGUACCUGCAGCCAGCAGAUCAGGAGCUUUUGUGGCAGAGCGUUGAUUUUCUUAUGGACCAAGAACAGAACAGCAACUGGCCUCCUGAGCUGGGAGAGACAAUUGAGCGGGAGAAUGAGCUUGUCCACUGGUGUCAUGGAGCUCCAGGCAUUGCAUAUCUGUUCGCCAAAGCUUACCUAGUUUCCAAGAAGCCUCAGUAUCUGGACACUUGUAUCCGCUGCGGGGAGCUAACUUGGCAGAAAGGCCUGUUGAAGAAGGGACCUGGAAUAUGCCAUGGAGUGGCUGGUAGUGCUUAUGUGUUCCUGCUGCUGUAUAGGCUCACUGGAAACUCAAAAUACAUAUACAGGGCACAAAGGUUUGCCGAGUUCUUAUUUACAGAAGAAUUUAAGGCUGGUUCCCGGGCAUUAGAAAGUGUAUAUAGUCUGUAUGAAGGUUUCUCGGGAACUGUGUGUUUCCUGACUGACUUGCUGCAACCCAACCAAGCCGAGUUUCCUCUCUUCAGUGUCUUUGUCUAGAGAGUAACAUUCUCCA